AUGAUUUCAUUGCCCCAUUAUUUUCAAUAAAAUAUUAUUUCAACAGAUUUUUAACAAAAAUACAAAGGAUUACAUAAAUUAAUUGGUGCAACAAUGAUUGCAUUUAUCGAAUCAUUUAUAAUUUGUCCUUUUGAAAGGCUAAAAGUAUAUUUGAUAACUUAAUAAAAUAAAAAUUUAUCCAUUAGAAAUUAUUUUUAAUAUAAUUUUAGCUUUAAAAGUUUAUAUUAUGGUAUUGAGGCCUAACUGAUUAAAUAAAUAGUUUCUUGGAUUUCAUUUCUUUAUACUGAUUUCUUAGUAAAAUAAUUUUUUAGAGAUAAUUUUUCUUAAGAUUAAUAAUAUUUAAGUAAUAGCUAAUUAUUAGUAUGUGCAACUAUUACAGGAAGCGUAAAUACAUUAUUUACCCAUCCUUUUGAUAAAUUAAAGACUUUAUAUUAAAUGCAAUUAAAUCAAAUAUAUUUAUAACAUAAUAUCUAUAAAUUAUUAAAAAACAUAUAUUAUUAAUAAGGUGGAGUAAGUCUUUAUAAUGGAUGGUAAAUUCGUUUAAUAUAAUAUCUAAUAUAAGCUGUCUUUACUUCUACAUUAUUAGAAAGAUUAGAAGAAAGGUUACAUUAUAUAAACAAUAAAACUGUAAUUUGA